AUGAAGUUCACCACUAUCAUCGCCACCGUCGUCUCCAUGGCUGCUUUUGCCAUCGCCGCGCCUGUCGCAAACGAGGCUGUCGCCGUUCGUCAGAACCACGGCAUGUGCGUCAAGGGCACUACCGCUGGUGUUGAGCAGAUUGAGGGCUGCUAG